AUACUGAAAGUGAAAGCAUGCAAGAUCUCCAUUACAAAGGCAGUCCUGCAGUCGAGCGGUUGUAUUCUCGUGUCCUUGUCCAUUUGAAGAGCAUUUACACUAGUAAACAUGUCUUCAUUAAUGGUUAUGGUACUUGUAAUAAUUUCUCUCGUCAUCCCUGCUGUGAGGCCCAGUGAAGAUUCGUGGACAUUGAAAUGCCUAUCUACAGUUGGAAUUGUUGAUCAGAAAACAGUUAUCAAAUGCAAUUUCAUAAACAUCCAAGACAUUAAAAUAGAAACAGUUUCUUUAAAAAGAACCACACACAAAGAGCCAAUUUUUAAAUAUUUUAAAACAUAUUCAGGAGAUCCACGUUUUAGUCUUGAAAACUCAACAUCGGGUCCAUCGCUGCAAAUCUCUAAAACUAAGUUUGCUGAUGAGGGUGAAUAUCAGUACCGUGUUGUAACAAACAGAGGUGAAAAAAAAGUGCAACUUGGAAUCACUAUCACAGCCAAUUACAAAAAUCUAACCUCAAGCACAUGGCCUAAAGAUGUAACAGACGGAGGGCCUGCCGACCUUUACUGCAAUGCUACAGAUGGCUACCCAGCAGGCUUCAUCCAUUGGUUUGACCGUUCUGGAACGAAUUGGACCAUGAAUUCAGAACUGACAAAUGUCUACAAGGACACCAACGGUUUAAAAUCUGUGGCCUUAUCUAGCAAACUGACUUUCAGGUCGAUUAACUUGGAACUGGGGCCAUUUAGAUGCAUUGUCUUGAACAGCAAAUAUGUGCAAGAAGAAGAAAUGACAUUGCACCUCCCAUCUGCAUACACGGAAUCUUCUGUAACAUCUAAUACAACACACAUUGUCGCUGGUGUGAUGGUCAUCGGAUCACUCAUUGUUGGUCUUCUGUGUGCUCUGUUGAUAUUCCGGAAAAAAAAUGUUCAACAUGGUAGACGACCUUCUGGCCAACCUUUUCUAAGUUAUGAUGACUCAGGAAAUAAUGCUGAAGAUGAUCUGGAAUCAGGCUACAAGCUUCCACUAUCAGCAGAUGAAAUUGAAACUAAGCCCUGAUUUUCAUACUGAGACCAGCACAGCCACCAUUUCACUAAAACAAAAGUGAAGGUAUAAAGAAAAUGGCAGCUGCUUUACAUGACUGUAAUAUUACUGUAAGAUUGUUGUAAUGACUGUAAUAUUACAAAGACAGCUUAAUGUUUUUGGUAGCACUUUACAAUAAGGUUUAAUUUGUUAACAUUAGUUCACUAGAUUAGUUAACACAAACUAACAGUAAACUAUUCUUCUAUAGCACUGAUUAAUCUGAAUUAACAAAUGUAUUUUCAUUUGCUAACAUUAACAAAGAUUAAUCAAUAUAAGAAAUACAUUGCCCUCUGUUACUCUAAGUUAGUUAAUACAUUAACAAAUGAGUUAGUUUGUUAAUACUUUACAAACCUUAUUGUAAAGUGUUAUCACUUCUUUUUACAAUUACAAAGGAAUGUGUGUUUAGGAAGCAUGUAGGGAACACUAUUACUGUUAAAUCAAUCAUUAGUAAACAUGGAGUUUUCCAAUUGGGGUCUAUGGGGCAGAGAAGGAGGUGUGUUGAAAAUGUGAGGAAAGAUUUUACAAAAUGUUGUCAAAAUGGCUGUCAAAGUUAAUUUGAAAUUGAUUAAAUAUAUCAAUUUGCCUGGUCAGAAAAAAAAAAACAUUAUUCAUGAUUAUUUCAAACAAACAAAUAAAAAAAUGCAUGCUGUCACUUUCAGCAAUAUGGAACAAUAUCCAAAUCUAUAGUCCUGUAAAAAGAUUUUUGUAUGUUUCUCCUCACUACUGUGACCUUUAGCCUACUCACUUUAUGUUCACAUUUUCUGUAAAGCUGUUUACAACAUCUAUGCGCAUUUAGUAAAUGUUAUACAAAGGGAUUUGAAAUUUAUAUAUACUGUAUAUUUAUUUAUCCACCUUAUUCUGCUCUAACCAAUGCAUGCUGCCAUGACGACGACUCCGGUUGCCAACUUCCGGUUGCUAUGUGUUUUUAGCUUGUGUCAUCCCCACAUCAUUAAACUAAAAAAAUAAUAAUAAAAAAAAAA